AUGCCAAGGGUGAGUUUCGUCCAGCCGACUGCGUUAUCCUAUCAAUGUCACUUGGUCGGCAUCGAUCCUCAUCAUAUCAUCCUUGUGCAGCUCUCUCCGAGAGCUUCUAGUCGGGCAGACGAGGCAGCUGGGCCUUCUGGCUCUCAGCCAUCGGCGGAGAACCUCUCACGCCCUCGUAGGCGGCGAGGAAGACCUUCCGGCAGAGCUCCAAGCAUAGCCUCUCAGCCGCCUCCAGCCGAUCCAAUACCUGUGGAAGCUCUGCAAGUCGGAUAUGCCGAUCCGAUCUGGGAAAUCUUGCACGUGCACGUGCCCGAUGAUCAUAGACCGAGGACUCAGCAAGCCCUCAGCCGCGCGGUCAGCGCAGUUGUGAGGCAAAGGUUCCCACAUUCGACGCGCUUUCACGUCAGAUCUGUUCAGCCUGACAGAAUGGGCUGGUACUACGGUGGACACGUCUCCGGCAUAGUCAGCGGUCAAACCAUUGCAGGCACACCGUACGCCCAGGAAGUCUGGCUGAAUAUCCCUGAUCUCAGCCAUAUGCCAUCGUGGCCAUUCAUCGACCGCUCGUUGCGGCGAGCAGCACCCUAG